AUGAAAAGAAUUGACAAUAUAUUACAACCCUUACAUUCCCAGAAUAAUAUUUUAUCAGAAUGUUCUGGGAAUAAUUUAUGUAAAGAUCUUGCGGCUCCAUGCUUGUCUUGCAAAUUUAAUUUCUCAUGUGUUUAUGGUGCCAAAUUAAAUGUUACUUGUAUGCCGGUUGAUAAUCUCAUAAAAUGUGAAGGAAACAGGGAAUUUUUAAGAGAAAUGACUUGCAGUUAUUGUUACCAAACUAAUCAUUGGGAGCAUGUUUGUACUUUAAAAGCAAAUUGCAAUACAGUUGCAGCUCCGAAAGUUUAUUAUAGAACUAAUUGUACAGUGAAAGAUGAUGUUUUGUGCCUAGGAAAAAGAACUUUUAAUAAAAAUCUUUUGUGUAAUUGGACUGGAGGUUAUAAGUGGUCAACUGCUCUUUUAUUAAGUAUAACAUUAGGAGGAUUUGGUGCUGAUAGGUUUUACUUAGGACAUUGGCAAGAAGGCAUAGGAAAAUUAUUUAGUUUCGGUGGUCUCGGAGUUUGGACUUUGAUUGAUGUCAUUUUAAUAUCACUAAGAUACUUAGGCCCAGCAGAUGGAUCAUUUUACAACAUCAUUACAAAUUGA